UAAACGCACAUGUAUGCCUUUCAUAAGGAGAGUGUUUUGACAAUAUUUUAAUGACAUCUAUAAGAACUUUUCAUAAAACUUAGCUUACUACAAACGUAAAAUGCAGCACGACGACGUUGUGUGGAGUGUUAUCAAUAAAUCAUUUUGCUCUUUCAAAGUAAAUACUAAGACACAGAGAUUUUGUCGCAAUGAGUACAAUCUUACAGGUUUAUGUAGUAGAGCAUCCUGUCCUCUUGCAAAUAGUCAAUAUGCCACAAUUAGGGAAGAAAACGGUAUUAUUUACCUAUAUAUGAGGACAGCAGAAAGAGUGCAUUUUCUAAAAAAUUCAUGGGAAAAAGUAAAACUAUCUAGGAAUUUUGAAAAGGCAAUACAACAAAUUAAUGAAAAUUUAUUGUACUGGUCUGGUUUUAUAAAGGCAAAAUGCAAACAAAGAUUUAUAAAAAUUACACAGUACCUCAUACGUAUGAGAAAAUUAAGGUUAAGGAGGCAAAAACAAAUCAUACCAAUCCAAAGAAAGAUUGAAAGAAGAGAAAGACGUAGGGAGGAAAAGGCUCUUAUAGCUGCUAGGUUAGAAAAUGCAAUAGAAAAGCAACUUAUGGAACGAUUAAAACAGGGCAUGUACAAUGAUAUUUACAAUUUCCCACAAAAAGUAUUUGACAAAGCUGUAGAAGCUGUUGAAGUUGAAGGUGAGAGUGAAGCUGAGAGUGAAGAAGAAAAAGAAACAGAGACAAUUGCAAAAGAAGUAGAGCUGGAAUUAGAAGCAGAUGAAAGAGAAAGAGAAAGAGAAACAAAUGAACCACAUUUUGUAGAAGCAGAAACAGAGGAUGAGAAUGAGGAUGACGAUUUUGAGGUUCAGGAAGUAUCUAUGAAUGAAGAUAGUGAUUCGGGACAAAAGGAACAAGUUGAAUUAUCCAGUGAUUUUGAAUCUGAAACAAGUGAUAUUGAGGAUAUAGUACCCUCUACGAGUAAGAAAACGAAAAAGCCAACCAUUAAGAAAGGAAAAUUACAAAAGAAGGCCCGUCCAAAUGUCGAAAUUGAAUACGAAACCGAGAAAGAACCGUAUCAAAGAGAACGAGCACGAUAA